UCAUUCCCCUUUAAUUCUGCCAAACCAUCAUAUAUACUAUCGUAUAUUAUCACUCUUUCAAAUUUCUCCAACUUGGCCUUUAAUUUAUUUAUUGUUGCCCCAUUAGUUUCAAUCAUGGCGGAGGACGACGCAGAGAAGGGUGCGACGCCGUCGGAGAUGAAAGGGAAAGGAGGACUUAGAGCCGCAUCUUUCAUUUAUGGGUUGGCGGCGAUGGAAAGCAUGGGUUUCGUGGCGAACAUGAUGAGCUUGGUCCUCUACUUCAUGUACAAGUUGCAUUUCGAUCUCCCCGCCGCUGCCAACACUUUCACAAACUUGAUGGGCACUACUUUCUUGCUAUCUGUUGUUGGUGGCUUCAUCUCCGACACUUACAUCAACAGAUUCUACACCUCCAUCAUUUUUGGGGCCCUUGAACUCCUGUCUCUAGCAAUGCUGACGAUUCAAGCUCACUCCAAAGACUUGCUACCUUCCGUUUGUGGAAUCGGAGAGUCGAGCUGCAUCGAGGGGGGCAAGGCCGUCUACUUCUACGCGACGAUGUUCCUGCUGGCGCUAGGGGCGGGCGGCUUCCGGGGGUCGUUCCCGGCCCUCGGGGCCGACCAGUUCGAUGAGAACGACCCCGAGGAAGUCAAGUCGCUCGCGAGCUAUUUCAACUGGCUGUUGCUCAGCAUAGUUGGCGGCGCGUCGAUCGGAGUAACCGUCAUCGUAUGGGUUUCCACCAACCACCCGUUGAGAAACAACUGGUGGAAGGGUUUCCUCAUUGUCACCAUUGCCACCUUCUUUGGCUUCAUCGUUCUUGUACUUGGAAAGCCCUUCUAUCGCCUCAAAAUCCCCAAACACAGCCCACUUGUUAGAAUUGCACAGGUAAUAGCAGUCGCGGUAAAAAAUCGUGGGCUGCCUCACCCGGAGAGCCCGAGUGAGUUGUACGAACUCAGCAAGAAAGAUUUAGACUCCACAGUCGCAAAAAUUCCUCAUACCCAACAAUUUAGGUGGCUAGACAAAGCAGCGAUCGUGGGCGAGAGAGCAGACGCCUCGGCAUGGGAAGUCUGCACCGUGACGCAGGUGGAAGAGGUGAAAGUGGUGGCAAGAAUGCUUCCCAUCAUCGGCAGCACCAUCAUCAUGAACACCUGCCUCGCCCAGCUGCAGACCUUCUCGGUGCAGCAGGGCAACCGCAUGGACCCCCACCUCGGCUCCUUCAAGGUCCCCGCCGCCUCCAUCCCCAUCAUCCCCCUCCUCUUCAUGGUCAUCCUCAUCCCCGUCUACGACGCCUUCUUCGUCCCCCUCGCCCGCCGCCUCACCGGCCACCCCUCCGGCAUCUCCCAGCUCCAGCGCGUCGGCGUCGGCCUCGUCCUCGCCGCCCUCUCCAUGUCCGUCGCCGCCCUCGUCGAGGUCAAGCGGCGCCGCCGCUCCCUCGGGAACCCCUUGGCCCCGAUCAGCCUCUUCUGGCUGUCGUUCCAGUACGGCAUCUUCGGGAUCGCCGACAUGUUCACCAUGGUCGGGCUGCUCGAGUUCUUCUACAAGGAGGCGCCGGCGGGGAUGAAGUCGCUGUCGACGUCGUUCACGUGGAUAUCGCUCUCGCUCGGCUACUUCCUCAGCAGCGCGCUGGUGGAGGCGGUGACGUCGGUGACGAAGAGGGUGACGCCCAGCAAGCGGCCGUGGGUGUAUGGGAUCGACUUGGAUAGGAACAACUUGGAUUUGUUUUAUUGGCUUCUUGCUGUUUUGAGCGUCGUCAACUUCUUCCACUACUUGUAUUGGGCCAUGUGGUAUAAGUAUAAGAGCGGUGGCGACGAGGCGGCGGCGCCGGCUGCGGCUGUGGCGGAGGAGAGCGCGCCCAAGGUCGCGAGUGGUGGUGGAGUUGCCGAGCAAGGAGAUGGUGAUAAAGUUGGUGAGACUCAGUGAGGGGAGAUGCUUAUGGUGGUUGCAUUGGUCGCAGCUUAUGAUGAUAUUGAUUUCCCCUUUUUUGUUUUGGUUUUUUAUGUUUGUGAUUUUUGAAUUUUUUAUGUUUGUGAUUUUUGAUCAGAUUGUGAUAUUGGCAUUCGGGCAUGCAGCUUAGUUGAAAUAAAAGUGAAACAAGCUU